AUGCUCUACAACACAUUUGCAGUUGCUUUUCUCAUUCUGUGUGCGCACAAGUAUUCAUUGUCUUUCAAUAGUGUUUGCUUCCAAAGAAUGGACGAUGGCCCAUGUAGGGCUAGACACCUACGAUAUUAUUACAAUUCGACCCUCGGUUCAUGUAUUGAAUUCGACUAUGGUGGAUGUAAAGGUAACAAAAAUAACUUCCAUACGGUAGAGGACUGUCAAGAAGCCUGUGGAGAAAGCGGCCGAUUUGAUCCAA